AUGGACCUAUCAAACAAGGACCAAACCCCAAAUGAAUCAACAAUGGCCAUCAUCCAAGCAAGCGCUUUUUACGAGGACAAUCUCCAAAACUCAUCAUUAAUUCAUGCUUCCACCAGCUCAAACGACAUGUACGUUUUAUCUAAGAGUCUUUAUCAAGAGCCCGAAAGCCCAAAUAAGGCCAAAGUUGGGCCCGCCAAUAAUCUCAUGACCAUGAGCAACUCAUCCCCCGUUUCAAGCCGAAGCAGCACAAACUCCAGCGGGUUAGGCUAUCAUCCUUCUAAUUACAACAACUUGUAUGAGGAGGGCAAUUCGGUAAUUAGCUUCGGCUCCGAUUAUGGUGGAUCUUUUUCUGGCUUCUAUCAACAAAAUAGUAACGGAGAAAAUGUGCGAGCUCUGAAGAAGCAGUGUGUUGUGGGUUCAAGUAAUAGUGAUUCAAAGAAGUCGAAAUCAAAGCCAAUGUCCACAUCAAAGGAUCCACAAAGUGUUGCGGCUAAGAAUCGACGGGAGAGGAUUAGCGAACGAUUAAAGAUAUUACAAGAUCUUGUACCUAAUGGUUCCAAGGUUGAUUUGGUGACUAUGCUAGAUAAGGCAAUUAGUUAUGUUAAGUUUCUGCAGUUGCAAGUGAAGGUAUUGGCUACUGAUGAGUUCUGGCCAGCACAAGGUGGAAAAGCUCCAGAUCUUUCUCAAGUUAGGGAGGCAAUUGAUGUUAUUCUUGCCUCUCAAAGAGACCGAAAUGAAAACAUACCAAACAAGAAUCACACCCCAAAUGAAUCAACCAUGGCCAUCAUGCAAGCAAGCGCGUUUUACGAACAAAAUUUCAAAAAUUCUUCAUUAAGUGUUUGUCAAGAAAGCCCGGGCAAGGAUGAAUUCGGGCUCGCCAACAAGAAUCUCGUGAACUCAUCAUCACCAGUCUCUAGCCGAAGCAGCACAAACUCCAGCGGUUUAGGUUAUCAUCAUCACUCUAAUUACAAGUUGUCGGACGAGGGCAAUUCGGUAAUUCGGUUCAGCUCCGAUUACAUUUACGGUGGUAAUAAACGUCCAUCCAUGGGAGAAUUAAUUAAUGUGCAAGCUAUUAAGAAGCAGUGUGUUGUGAGCUCAAGUAAUAGUGAUUCAAAGAAGUCAAAAUCAAAGCCAAUGUCCACAUCAAAGGAUCCACAAAGUGUUGCGGCUAAGAAUCGAAGGGAAAGGAUUAGUGAACGAUUGAAGAUAUUACAAGAUCUUGUCCCAAACGGUUCCAAGGUUGAUUUGGUAACAAUGCUAGAGAAGGCAAUCAGCUAUGUUAAGUUUCUCCAGUUGCAAGUGAAGGUAUUGGCAACUGAUGAGUUCUGGCCAGCACAAGGUGGAAAAGCUCCAGAUCUUUCUCAAGUUAGGGAAGCAAUUGAUGUUAUUCUUGCCUCUCAAAGGGACCGAAACUCCACUUCCCAAUGAAAUCAUACGUCACUUGAAGGAUUGAAGCUCAAUUACCAAACAAUAGAACCUAACUUUCGUGCCAAAAUCGGAAUACAAGUUCAAAAGAAGCAAAUAAUGUGUAUAUCGUGGGAGUUGAUGUUUUGAUGCUCAGCAAUCAGCAUCCUGUAGUACUCUUUGGAAAGUUGUGGUCUGAAAAAGAUGUUAUCUAAAAGUAGUACUUUUGUACUUUUGAUAUAAGCAGUUUUGGUUCAAAUAUUAAUGAAUCUCCC